UCAUGCAACAAAUAAUAUACUGUGUAAUAAAAGAAACAAAGGGAAAAAAAAAAACAUAAGGUGUUGAUCUGGUUUGGAAAAAAUGGCUUUGUUUGAUUAUGUGAUUGACCUUGGGAGGAAUGGAAGUAGCCAUGAGAUGGUUGUUCCAUUAACGGUUUUUGUGGCGAUUUUGUGUUUGUGUUUAGUGAUAGGUCACUUACUUGAAGAGAAUCGUUGGGUUAACGAGUCUAUCACUGCCAUUAUCAUUGGUCUUAUAUCAGGGACAAUAAUACUUCUGAUAAGCAAGGGGAAAAGUUCCCACAUACUUAGAUUUAAUGAAGAGGUGUUCUUCAUUUAUCUACUUCCACCAAUAAUAUUCAAUGCAGGAUUCCAGGUAAAGAAGAAGCAGUUCUUCCAUAACUUCUUAACCAUUAUGUCGUUCGGAGUUAUUGGGGUUUUUAUAUCAUCAAGUAUCAUUACAGCUGGUAGCUUUUGGCUGUUUCCCAAGCUUAAUUUCAAUGGAUUGAGUGUUCGCGACUUUCUUGGUAUUGGAGCAAUAUUUUCGUCGACCGAUACCGUUUGUACAUUGCAGGUUCUUCAUCAAGACGAGACUCCAUUGCUAUACAGUCUCGUCUUUGGGGAAGGAGUAGUGAACGAUGCUACGUCGGUUGUUCUCUUCAAUGCAGUGCAGAAGAUUGAUGUCGAUAGAUUCAAUGGCUGGUCGGCUCUCCAUAUCUUUCUAGAUUUUCUGUACCUGUUCUCCACAAGCACUGCUCUUGGAGUUUCUGCUGGACUUCUAACAUCAUACAUUCUGAGGGGCUUAUACUUCGGGAGACAUUCUUCGGUUCGUGAAGUAUCUCUCAUGCUUCUGAUGGCAUAUCUGUCCUACAUGUUGGCUGAGCUUUUCAACCUCAGUGGGAUUUUGACCGUCUUCUUUGCCGGAAUCUUGAUGUCUCACUAUGCAUGGCAUAAUGUAACUGAUAGUUCAAGAAUCACUACGAGGCAUGCAUUUGAAGCUAUGUCUUUCAUUGCUGAAACAUUCAUAUUUUUGUACGUCGGGAUGGACGCACUGGACAUUGAGAAGUGGAAAAUGAGCAAACAGAAUGUUUGGACUUCAAUGGGAAUAUACGGGACCGUGCUCUUGUUGAUGGCUGUUGGUCGUGCUGCUUUUGUGUUCCCUCUCUCUGCUUUUUCCAAUUUCAUGAACCGACGUGCUACACGAGCGCCCUCAAUAACUUUCAAACAUCAGAUAGUAAUUUGGUGGGCUGGUCUUAUGAGAGGAGCUGUUUCUAUCGCCUUGGCAUUCAAGCAGUUCACUUAUUCUGGUGUUACAGUUGAUCCAGUGCAUGCCGUAAUGGUUACGACUACAGUAAUUGUUGUGCUCUUCAGUACACUAGUGUUUGGCUUCUUGACAAAGCCACUUAUUAACUAUCUGCUUCCGCAUAGUGACAAUACACGGAGAAGCAUAGACAGGGAACCAACUAUCUCAAAAGAUACGCUCCCUUUGCUUUCGUUCGACGAAUCUGCCCAAACCAACCUUCUACGAGCGAAGGAUAGUUUGUCCAUGCUGUUCGAAAGACCUGUAUAUACAAUCCAUUCCUACUGGAGGAGGUUCGAUGACACCUACAUGAGGCCGAUAUUUGGUGGGGCUGCUAGAAAUGAGUCCCCGGGAUAAAAGAAUAGACUUGCUACCAUAUACGGUAGUGAUACUGAAAAUCAUCCGUGAGGGAUGACGUCUUCUUGGGCAUCUCAAUUUUGACAUUGGAGCUUUCCGCGCUUGUUCUGACGAAGCAAUCUUGCUGGAAUUUUCGCGUCUCUUGUUCCCUCCACUCUUUUCUUGAAGUGGAGAAAAGAAAUCAGAUUGCAUAUAAGAACGAGUUGAAGAUUCGGUCUCGUUUCCAAGAAAUUCUAGUUUAUAUGAAUAGGAGAAUUCUCUCUUUGUUGAAAAUGUCUUUUUAACAUGUUUUUGUAAUGCUGCCAAUACGGAGAUGGUGAUCAUAACUUACUGUUUGCCCACUGACCAAUUAGACAAAACUUGUAUAACAUGGAGGACUCGUUUGUAUGGUGCAAGUUCCUGUUGGAACUAUUGGUAAUGAACUAAUGAUGGUGUGCUUAGCUAGUAAAUAAAUCAAUGGUUGUUUACAUCU